CUACACUCCCCUUCAAUGAGUAUAGCAUAUUGGAUUCCCUGCUAAAAAUAAAAUGUCCCCGUUAUUUCUCUUGCUAGAGUUGCUAGUGGUUGGCAUUUGUACUGAGCAACUCUUCGAAAAACCAUACUACGACUUGAGUGAUGCCCACAGCCUUUUCAAAAACUUCGUUCAGAAACAUGGUAAAACAUAUGAUCCCGAAGAAUACUUGAAAAGACUCGCGAUUUUCACUGAAAAUUUAGCAGAUAUCAAUGAACGCAAUGCCAUCUUUCCGCAAAUUUUUGACGUAACUCGGUUUGCUGAUUUGACACCCGAAGAAAUAAAAGCUGGUUAUGGUAUGAAAAUGCUUGAUGAAGAUAUGGAUAAGAAAGCGAUUGAGCUGCAUCUUCGUCCCGAGGAGAUCACAGCCCCCGAGCAGUGGGACUGGAGGGAUCAUGGAGCGGUCACUCACGUAAAAAAUCAAGGCAAUUGCGGUAGUUGCUGGAUCUUCAGCGCUACUGGGGCUAUUGAAGGCCAAUAUGCCAUUAGGCACAACCAGAAUCUCGCCUUCUCUGAACAGCAGGGCUUGGACUGUGUAAAAUAUAAAGGGAAUAAUUGUGCUGGAGGACAACCAGACGUAGUAGCGGCUUACCACGAAAAAUUUGGCGUUGUCCCAGAGAAAGAUUACCCGUACACAGGAACGCCAUCAACAUGUACUGAAGAUGCAAAAAGGGUCGUAACCAGAGUCAAGGAUUACAAAGUGUACAAGCCGGAUGAAGAAACAUUAAAACAGCUUGUAUAUGAAAAGGGGCCCUUGUCAGUAUCUAUUGAUCCCUCAGACUUCUCCCACUAUCGCUCGGGGAUAUUACACCCCAAAGAUUGCACAGACCUAAUUUGUCAUGCCGUGUUGUUAGUCGGUUAUGGUAUAGAAAACGGCACCAAGUAUUGGAUUCUCAAAGAUUCUUAUGGUCCUGAAGUCAGAGACCAGGGUUACGUCAAGCUGGUCCGAGGAGUCAACGCGUGUUCCAUGGGGAUCGAUUAUACUAUGUCCUGUACUGUUGAAUGAUAUUGUAUUUCAUGGUUGGAGGGAUGCCACACACACAAUAGUCGUGUAUAGACAUCAAACUGUCAGUCAUUUAUUUUUAAACCGAUUUACUUAUAUCGCGUAAUCCAACUUCGAACAAAAUAAAAACUUCGAAUAAAAACAAGUGACGACGUACGCGGCAGAUUUAAGCAGGUAAGUAGGUUUUCUAAGGCGCCCCGCAGGCAGGCAUUUGUGUUCGAGAUUUUGAAUUUCGAACGAGAAUUAUAAAUUUAGAAUUUGGACUACUGAGACUUAAAGACACCUUCCUUAUACUGUGUCCGUAUGUAAUUUUUACAUGUGAGUGCACGUGUAAUUUCAUUAUUUAUUUUAUUGCUUCUUUUUAAAUUUCGAAAUCUAUAUUUCAGUUCACGACUGUCUUUGCCGUAUUAGCAUGUACUGUUGUACCUAUACUGAAACUCACAAUUAUAUAUAUUCGAAUUUAAAUUUAAUUUAAACAUUAAAUAAUUUCACGGUUUAGACACUUUAGACUCACUUGUUUUAGUCACUCGCGCGACAUGUGUGUCGCUACAAGUAUUAGGUGACCCAAACCCAAACACACCACUAUGCCCGCCUACAACGAUGGCGCAAAACCUCCCCCAACCGGCUUUCUCGGCGCGCGGCAGUACGCAAUACACGGUCGUCGUGAACGCUGCUCGCACUAUUAGUGCUUGAGAAAGGAGACCUAGGCUUUCCGAAACAUGUCGCGCGAGUGACUAAAACAAGUGAGUCUAAACCGUGAAAUUAUUAAAUUUUUCAUAUUAAUUGUAACUAGUAUGUUGUUAUAUAUUAUAAUUUGCAAUGUUCAGAGUAUGUAUUUAUCUCUUUAGGUAUGUACAUAAAUAUAUGUAUAAUUUUAUAUUGUCGCUUAGUACUUAUACAUAUUAUAAUCGUACUACAAGUUUUUUGUCUGAAUAAACUACUUAGAAUGUUCAAA